AUGAGGACGUGCUCCUGCCAGUUCUUGUUUAUUUGGACCUGUGUGCUUCAUGUGGUUGACCUGACACCAUUACAAGAAAGAAUGAACAAAUAUUUACAAAGAGAAAGGACAUUGGGUCUCUCAGAAGAUCAUGGGAAAAUGCUACGUCGAACCAAGCGUGGUUGGAUGUGGAAUCAGUUUUUUUUGCUGGAAGAAUAUACAGGUACAGACACUCAAUAUGUCGGCAAGCUACACACUGACCAAGAUAAAGGAGAUGGAAAUUUAAAAUACAUAUUAACAGGAGAUGGGGCUGGCAGUCUGUUCAUUAUUGAUGAAAAUACAGGCGAUAUUCAUGCGGCAAAGAAAUUAGACAGAGAAGAAAAAUCCUUGUAUGUGCUACGUGCCAAGGCUAUAGACAGGAAGACUGGAAGACAAGUGGAGCCUGAAUCUGAAUUCAUCAUUAAAAUCCAUGAUAUCAAUGACAAUGAACCAAAAUUUACAAAGGACUUAUAUAUUGCCACUGUUCCAGAAAUGUCUGGGGUCGGUACAUCUGUUAUUCAAGUUACAGCAACAGAUGCAGAUGAUGCCAACUAUGGAAAUAGUGCCAAAAUAGUGUACAGCAUACUUCAAGGACAGCCAUACUUUUCAGUGGACCCAGAAUCUGGCAUAAUAAAAACAGCAUUACCAGAUAUGAGCAGAGAAAACAGGGAGCAGUAUCAAGUGGUUAUCCAGGCCAAAGAUAUGGGAGGACAGAUGGGUGGAUUAUCAGGAACAACCACAGUGAAUAUCACUUUAACUGAUGUCAACAACAAUCCUCCACGAUUUCCCCAGAGUACAUAUCAGUUCAGUUCUCCUGAGUCUGUGCCCCUUGAUACUCCACUGGGAAGAAUAAAGGCUAAUGAUCCUGAUGUGGGGGAGAAUGCAGAGAUGGAAUAUAGCCUUGUGGAAGGAGAUGGUUCAGACAUGUUUGACAUCAUCACAGACAAGGAUACACAAGAAGGGAUCAUAACUGUCAAAAAGCAAUUAGAUUUUGAAAAGAAAGUGCUAUAUACUCUAAGAGUGGAAGUGAGUAAUACCCAUCCUGAUCCACGUUUCCGACAUCUGGGGCCAUUCGAGGAUACAGCAGUGGUCAAAAUCUCUGUGGAUGAUGUCGAUGAGCCCCCUGUCUUCAGGAAACCCUUUUAUUUGAUUGAAGUAGAUGAAGAUGUCAAAGAGGGUAGCAUUAUUGGACAAGUUAUGGCUUAUGACCCAGAUGCCAUCAAGAAUUUGAUAAAAUACUCAGUGGAUCGACACACUGAUUUGGACAGAAUAUUCAAUAUCCACUCUGCAAAUGGGUCAAUCUUCACAUUGAAACCCCUUGACCGAGAAGCAUAUCCCUGGCACAACAUUACCAUUACUGCAACUGAAAUUAAUAACCCAAAGCAAAGUAGUCACAUUCCUGUCUUCAUCAGAAUUUUAGACAUAAAUGACCAUGCACCAGAGUUUGCCAAAUAUUAUGAAACAUUUGUUUGUGAAAAUGCAAAACCUGGGCAGUUGAUUCAGACAAUCAGUGUCAUGGACAAAGAUGACCCUCCUCGGGGACACAAGUUCUUCUUUGAACCAGUACCAGAAUUUCCUCUUAAUCCUAACUUCACAAUUGUAGAUAAUAAAGAUAACACAGCUGGCAUACUCACCAGAAAGGAUGGGUAUAGCCGCCAUAAAAUGAAUGCUUAUCUCCUACCAAUUUUAAUAUUUGACAAUGAUUAUCCAAUCCAAAGUAGCACUGGGACACUAACGAUCCGUGUGUGUGCCUGUGAUAACCAAGGAAAUAUGCAGUCCUGCAAUGCGGAGGCCUUGAUCCUUUCAGCUGGUCUGAGUACAGGGGCUCUCAUCGCUAUUCUCCUAUGCAUCCUCAUACUGCUUAUUCUAGUUGUUCUGUUUACUGCACUGAAGAGACAGAGGAAAAAGGAACCCUUGAUCAUUUCAAAAGAUGAUGUUCGAGACAACAUUGUGACCUAUAAUGAUGAAGGUGGGGGGGAAGAAGACACCCAAGCUUUUGAUAUUGGGACACUACGGAAUCCAGAAGCUAGAGAAGACAGUAAACUCCGAAGGGAUGUAAUGCCUGAAACUAUUUUUCAGAUAAGGAGGACUGCUCCAUUGUGGGAAAACAUUGAUGUACAAGACUUUAUUCACAGAAGAUUAAAAGAGAAUGAUUCAGACCCAAGUGCUCCCCCUUAUGAUUCCCUAGCAACAUAUGCUUAUGAAGGGAAUGAUUCCAUAGCAGAUUCCCUCAGCUCUUUGGAAUCACUUACUGCAGAUGGUAACCAGGAUUAUGAUUAUCUCAGCGACUGGGGACCUCGAUUUAAAAAACUUGCAGAUAUGUAUGGGGGAGAUGACAGUGAUCGAGACUGA